CGCGGAGAAUCGACAGCUCAGCAAUGAAAUGUAUGUCAUCCAGUGUGCGUUUCACUUUCAACUAAACCCUGACUGCGAGAAUCAUCCCACGUUGAACACUGUGAAUCUGCUGACACUGGACCCCUUUGCUCACUUCUGACAUCCAGUGUCAGCAGCCGGUGCUUUGAAGAUGAUCAACCGUCAGAUAGAACUCCACUACAACUACACAGGGAGGCUGGACAACCGGCCGACCAUCGGCACAAGCCCCGGCAACGUGGACGCCAAAACCAUCGUGUUCCUCAUCAUAUGCAGCUUCAUCGUCCUGGAGAACCUCGCCGUGCUGCUGGCCAUAUGGAGAAACCACAGGUUCCACAACCGCAUGUACUUCUUCAUCGGCAACCUGGCGCUGUGCGACAUGCUGGCUGGAACCUCCUACCUGGUCAACCUGCUCCUGUCGGGGGAGAAGACCCUGCAGCUCUCCCCCGUUCUCUGGUUUGUCAGAGAGGGAAGCGUGAUUGUAGCACUUGGCGCCUCCGUUUUUAGUCUCCUGGCUAUUGCUAUAGAGCGACACCUGACUAUGAUCAAAAUGAGGCCUUAUGAUGCCAACAAGAACUACAGAGUGUUUCUGCUGAUAGGGACCUGCUGGCUGAUCGCUAUAUCUCUUGGGGCUUUGCCUAUUCUGGGCUGGAACUGCCUGGACAACCUCCCCGACUGCUCCACGGUUCUCCCUCUCUACAGCAGGAAAUAUGUAGCUUUUUAUAUCAUUGUUUUCAUGGUUUUGCUCUUGGCCAUGUCAGUCCUAUACGCCCGCAUCUACAUCCUAGUUAAGUCCAGCAGCCAAAAAGUGAGCAAGAACAGAAACUCUGAGCAUGCGAUGUCCCUGCUGCGCACUGUCAUCAUCGUAGUAGGGGUCUUCAUCACCUGCUGGACACCCAUCUUCAUCCUGCUCCUGGUGGACGUGGCCUGUGAGCAGCGCUGCCCCAUCCUCUACAGGGCCGACUGGUUCAUCGCCGUGGCCGUGCUCAACUCGGCCAUGAACCCGGUCAUUUACACUCUGGCCAGCCGCGAGAUGAGACGGGCAUUCCUGGCCCUGGUGUGCGGCCCUUGCUACAGCAUUGGGAAGUCUUCUACGAACGACAGCGGGAACAGGCAGUCUAUGGAGCCCAGCCGCAGCCAGAGCAAGUCGUCGAGCAGCCAGAACAACCCCAACCAGAACCAGCAGAGCUCCAGGCAGGCGGAGCUGGAGAAGGGGCGAGAGACGGAGACAGCGCACGGCGAGGUCUCAGUGGUGCCAGGAGGGGCAGCUCAGGCCAUCAUUGAGAGUGACAGGAAGGAGUGAACUAAGGGGAACUGAAAUGAACAAUAGGAAGUUGAGGGUGGCCCUAACGUGUGAGCUCAUGGGCUCGUGCAGUUAACUGGUGACAAAAAGGAAUUUUGAGUUGUGAUUGAUUCAGAAUGAAGGAUUUCUUAGACUGCAGGGCAGCGGUUUCUCCUUUGUGCUUGUUAUUGAUAUAUCUGCAUCAUUCAAAGUUUGGAAGCGUAUUACAAUGUUCACAGGCGGAACAAUCAUAUUUCAUCACCGUCCAGUGAGAAGCACAUAUCUCCAGAUUUGGUCAAUUUGACUGUUAACUGACGGAUAAAGUCUUUAUUGGUUGAGGAGAUAAACCGUCUGAAACAGUGUUGUAUUAUAUUGAAGAAAUGCAUUGUCACAAAGCUGAAAACGUUUUUUUGUUAUGUCAUGCAAAGUUGACAUUUUGGAGGUAUUUGGUUUUCACAAAAAAAAUGGCAAUUUUCGAAUGAAUGGUGCUCUUAACUUUCACAGAAAAAAAAAACCACUUACCUCUGUGUAAGAUGUGACAAUCAAAUAAAAAGUGAAAAUUCACCUGCCAUUAAUUAAAGUGCAAUUAUAGUUCUGCAAAAUAAUGUAAUAAAGAAUGAAGACAAUUAAAAGUGUAAUGAAAAACAGUGGAAGUUAUUUAUUAUUCUAUGCAGUCUAUUCUGUAAUUUUGUAUUUACUCAGAAAUACUGUGCAGUAACUGUAAUGACGGCUGCAUUAUAAACUGUAAUAGUGAUGUAAAGGAGAUAAAAUGCUGAGCAAUCAAAUGUGCUACUUCUUCAUUAUAUCAGAAGAAUGUUGUUCAUAAAGAAAGAACAACAUCUGUUAUCACUACAAAUAUUAAAAGGAUGCUAUUUAUUCAACAUCAGUAGUUUAAAGUGAUACCGGGGCUCCAUCUGCUGGUUAAUAAUGGUAGUAAAUAUCCUCAAUGCUGGCUAGAUAUGUUCAUAACCUGCUGCAUGAUUAGUACAGAAUCUCUUCUUGUUGUGAGCGUCUAUAUUUUAUCUGAUUGUUCCAGAAGUAAACACAAUCAUCUUUAGAAGCAUGAAGCCGGUAAACUGAAGGAAGAGGCUUGUGAAUGCAGCAUGUGGAAUGGAAGUAUAGUUCACUACUGUACAGCUGUCUAUGUGAUACAAAAGUAUUAGCUUUGACACAA